AGCCGCUGCUCAGCUGUCUCCGCUCGUCCCGGGGAAUCCACGGGGAAUGCCGGAGAUCGCACCAGGAGUCUCCUAUGGAACGCUCGCGCGCGAGUGGCGAUGCAAAUGGUCGUACGAUGAUGAUUGUGCUUCAUUGAAGGCCUGUCAGAAGCUGCUGCAGGACAUGCAGGAGGAGAUUUUGCAGGUCAUCCACCACUGGUCUGGGAAGCAGCUGAAGACUCGGGAAGUGCUGAACGGCAAGAUCGAUGUCAGCACGCAGAGCGUCCAACGGAUCGUAGGGCAGGCAUGCUGCGACUUUAAGGUCAUUAUCAAGCUCCCCGCGGACAAGUUCGACGAGUGGCAAAGUCGAAAGUUCGAUCCAGAGGAGAAAUUCCUGGAGUCACUGAAGGCUAUCCCCGGGGUUGAGCAGGUGGAAACGCAGACCUACACGCUUGAGACGGUGAAUCUCUUUGCCCGGGCUGUGCCGAAAGCUUCAAAAGGAUGCAUGGCGUAGGCUGAGGCGGGAUCUUCCGGAAAAGAAAAAAUCGAUGGGCGGUCCAUUGGGGGGUGACAUGUCUGCCUUCGGAAUUUCAGAUGAAAUGAAAGGGUGUCGCAUGAUGUAGUAUGGUGCAGUGGUGAAAUUGAGAUGCUCCCUCCAUG